GAWUUUUUCCAAUAGAAAACUCUCUUUUUAGUUACAAAACGAAAAUAUUUUGACUAAUGAUUACACCUCAGGGAGCAAGCUCUUCAGUGCUAAGGAAUGUGUAACGUUAGCGUCUUUCACAUUUAUCAAGAGCUGGAUUUUGAAAUAACCAUGUCACGUUUGCUAACGUUACAUUGAAGAAUAUUUUGAAUGCCGGUGAUGGUAACCCAAGACAACAUGAGAGAAUAAACGGCUGAUCAAGCUAACGUUAUUGUCUGCCCUUGAGAGAUUUGCAGGAAUCCUUUUAGUAGAAAAAUCUGGUCCUGACGAACUUGAAAUAUGCAAGCCUAGCUACCUGGCAAUACAUCUUCCAGAUGGGGUGUAGUGCUACUUCUGUGUACCACAGUAAUGCAGUGCUACUUUGAACAUUUGGAUUGAUAGUUCAGGCCUACUUGUGUUGAUCAGAUCAUCAUCCAAUUUACACCAUUUCCACCAUUUUGGGGGUUCCGUCAAACAUUACUGUAUUUCACACAUUUCUGACUGMGGGUUAGUAAAAUCAGCUUCCUGUCGAGAUGUUUUCAGCUCUGAAGAAGCUAGUUGGUUCUGAACCAGGCCAGCCGAGGGACAAAAACAUCCCCGCUGGUAUGCAGUCCAUGAAUCAUAGUUUACAGAGACGCUUUGCCAAAGGAGUACAGUACAACAUGAAAAUAGUUAUCCGUGGAGACAGAAAUACUGGAAAGAGCACUCUAUGGCAUCGACUGCAAGGAAAGAAAUUCACGGAUGACUACGUCCCCACUCAAGAGAUCCAGGCAACCAGCAUUCAUUGGAACUACAAAACCACUGAUGACGUGGUCAAGGUGGAGGUGUGGGACGUGGUGGAUAAAGGCCAAAAAUACCCUCUCCCUGAGGGUGUAGGCCGAGGUAAAAAACGAGGGGACACUUUGAAAGUGGAGAAUGAACCCCAAGAGUCUGACGAGGUGGCCUUGGAUGCAGARUUCCUCGACGUUUACAAGAACUGCAACGGUGUGAUCAUGAUGUUUGACAUCACCAAGCAAUGGACAUUCAACUACAUCCUGAGAGAGCUACCCAAAGUACCCACUCAUGUUCCAGUGUGUGUCCUAGGCAACCACAGGGACAUGGGUGACCACCGUGUCAUCCUACCUGAUGACAUCCGCCAGGUUAUUGCUAAUCUCAAUAGACCCAUGGGUUCCUCCUAUAUUCACUACGCUGAAGCCUCUAUGAAGAAUGGAUUUGGCUUGAAAUAUUUACACCGAUUUUUCAACAUCCCUUUCCUGCAACUGCAGAGGGAGACUCUGUUACGGCAGCUCGAGACCAACCAGUUAGACAUGGACGCCACUCUGGAGGAGCUCUGCGUGCAGCAGGAGACUGAGGAUCAAAACUAUGAAAUUUUCUUGGAGAAUACGGAGACCCGCAAUAAAGGCUAUGGUUCACCUUGUCCAGCCAACGGUCAGAGCCCUUCCUCGGGCUCCCAAUCCCCCAUCGUCCCUCCAAGUGGGGCCUCCACUGGCAGCUCUAGCCCUGGGACCCCUCAGCAGCCAYCCAUCGCUGCCCAGGUCCCUAGCCUCCAGUCUCCCUCGCCUUCUCCCUCUCCUCCACCUCCUGCCUUGCCAGCCGGGAUGGUUUCCCCCACCACUGAGCCUCAGUCCCCCACUCUGACGCAGGCUCGGAGUCCUGAUCAUCCUGGACCAUCACCAUCCCCCCCUGCACAGGCGCCGCCUCCUCAGAAACGUGGCCUCAUCUCACGUCUCUUUGGCUCCGCCCCUGCCCCAGAAGUCCCUGCAGCCAUGCCAGAGCCAGAGCCUUCCCCUGUGUGUCCUGCUAAAGUUCAGAGUGUGGAUGACUUUGUGCCAGACGAGGGUCUGGAUAAAAGCUUCCUGGAGGACAGCCUCCCCUCUAAAGUCAAGGUCCCCCAGCCAGCACCUGCACUGGACAGUGACAGUGAUGGAGAGGACAGAGGGAACCCUAUGGUGGCAGGUUAUCAGGAUGAACUGGACCCAGAUGACAAAGACCUGCCCCAGCCCAGCACCCUGGGCCUUCUCACCAGUAAAGACUUCACCAUGUCCAGCGAUGAGGAGGAAGCAACCCCACCACCAGCAGCACCCGCUGCCACUCAGGAUGACCACCUGGACCGUGAAUCAGAGCUGAAAAUACUGGGCACUGAGUCCAUAAUGCCCCAUGCCAUGGAGCCUCAAGCUCCGGAGCCUUUGACUCCUGCUUCCCAGCUCCUGGAGAACACUGUCCUCUUGGAGGCAGAGCCAAUCUCCCUCACCACGAUCCCUGCAGUAGCCCUGGAGCAGCCAAGCCCCAAGCCAGGCCCACCCAGAGCAAAGAAGGGGGGAAGCCCUGGGGUGGAGGGUUCAGACUCUGACCCAGAGGCCUCUGUUGCUGAACAGAUGCUUUCCUUCAUCAUGGAUGAUCCUGAUUUUGAGUCUGAGGAGGAGGUGGUCAUYCAGAAGAUAACUAAGGUAGCUAUGGCAAAAGGACGUUAUUUAGGGUUGUAGGCUACAAUUCAUCAU